AUGGACGCUGCCGUAACGCCGACCGCCCGCAUCAAUAAGUUCCAAGGGACCAACUUCCACACAUGUAAGUUCAAGAUGCAGAUGGUCCUGGAAGAGCGCGACCUGUGGGAGGUCACAUGUGGAGAAGUCAAACUGGAGCACUGCACCAACGUGAUGGAUCAAUCGACGUUCAGGAGAAAGUCACGCAAGGCGCUGGCGAUCAUUUUUCUCGCGAUGGAAGAUUCGCAGCUGCCGCGUGGCCCUUCAGCAAUUGGAGCGUACGAUGCAUGGUCAAGACUGGAAGGGCAUUACGAGAAGAAGAAGAGUCUGGCGAACAAGCUCUUUCUUCGUCGACGCUUCUUCACAACGAUGAUGGAUGAAGGUGAUGAUGUGCUGGAGCACAUCAACAAGCUCAAGACUCUGGCGGAGCAGCUCGAUGCGGUUGGCGCUCCGGUCAGCGAGGACGACUUAGUGAUCACGCUUCUUGGUAGUCUAAGCGAGUCGUACCAGUUUCUGAUCACGGCGUUAGAGUCUCGUGCUGACUCUCUGUCGUGGGAAUUCGUGACGUCUCGGCUAAUGCAUGUAGACACGAAGCGUAAGGAACAAGGUGGCGGCGUCGACGGAUCCGCGCACGGUCAAGAUCAAGCGUUCAUGACAAGCAAUCACAGCAAGCGAAAAGGAGGACGGCCUGUGCAGAAGGCCAGUGCAUGUCACUACUGUGGCGAGCAAGGCCAUUGGAUUGCAAAGUGUCCAGUGAGGAUCCGCGAGAAUGCGGAACGGCAGAGGUCGCAAAGAGCAAGCGUCGCGCAGGUUGAAGAAGACUCUGGUGACUUUCUGUUUUCAGUUGAUGGAGACCACGGCAAGCUGAGUGAAGAGUGGCUGGUCGACUCAGGUGCGACUCAGCACAUGACGUACUCAAAAGAGUACAUGAAGAAUUAA